CGGGCAAGUGGACACCAAGCUGCCAAGCUUUUGGGACUUACUUUCCUUGUUUUUCCGAUACAAGGCUUUUGACUUGCAUCUGGCGUGGGGUGUUGGAAAGGGCACCGCUAACAAGAAACGAUCGCGCGUCUUUGGCUGCAUCAAGUUGCAUUGGGACUUUGCACCCACCAACCCGAAUCUACCUGUAACAUUUGCAUUUUGCGCCACUAGUUAUUGUAUAUAUCCGCUAUGCUUGGCCAACUGCGUUCCCACUUGCAACACACCCUGUCGCCUUCGACACCUAGGGCUCUUUGGGCACAAUGCACGCUCCACAGCAGACGAACAUCUAUGAGGGCUCUUGCUACGUCUACGGAUUAUGGAAAGACUUUUGACAAGAUCCUGAUUGCCAACCGUGGUGAAAUUGCCUGUCGUGUCAUCAAAACAGCCAGAAAAAUGGGCAUCAAGACUGUUGCGAUUUACUCGGACGCUGAUGCAAACUCGCUCCACGUGCGAAUGGCCGAUGAGGCUGUACAUGUCGGACCACCGGCCACAAGCAAGAGUUACCUGAACAUUCCAAAUAUCAUUGGGGCCAUCAAACAAACUGGGGCACAAGCUGUUCAUCCAGGAUACGGUUUUCUGUCCGAAAACAGUCACUUUGUGCAUGCUCUCGAUGAAAUCGGCUGCACGUUCAUUGGACCCAACGAAAAGGCCAUGGCUGCCAUGGGGGACAAGAUUCAGAGUAAGAUUUUUGCCCACGAAGCCAGGGUGAGCACCAUUCCUGGAUUCAAUGGUGUUGUGCAGAAUGCGGACCAUGCGGUUGAAAUUGCGAAAUCUAUCGGAUACCCUGUGAUGAUUAAGGCUUCAGCAGGCGGUGGUGGGAAAGGAAUGCGAAUCGCUUGGAACGACCAAGAAGCUCGCGAUGCGUUCAAAAUUUCUUCCUCGGAAGCAUUGUCUAGCUUUGGAGAUGACCGAUUGCUGGUGGAAAAGUUUGUUGAGCAUCCGCGUCAUAUUGAGAUUCAGUUGAUUGGAGACAAGCACGGCAACGUGAUAUAUUUGCCGGAGCGUGAAUGUUCCAUUCAGCGACGUAAUCAGAAGGUCAUUGAAGAGGCACCUAGUGUUCAUAUUGACCAAGCCACCCGGAAAGCCAUGGGAGAACAGGCUGUUGCUCUCGCGAAAGCUGUAGGAUACUAUUCUGCCGGGACUUGCGAAUUUCUGGUGGAUCCAAAACGGAACUUUUACUUCCUUGAGAUGAAUACUCGAUUGCAGGUGGAGCACCCGAUUACCGAAUACAUUACCGGUUUGGAUCUUGUCGAGCAGAUGAUUCGGGUGGCUGCGGGUCAGCAACUCGGCUUCAAGCAAUCUGAUGUUAAAAUCAACGGAUGGGCCUUUGAGUCUCGAGUGUAUGCUGAGGAUCCCGAGAAAUACCUUCCCUCUAUCGGAACCCUCAACAAGUACAUUGAACCAAAGGGGAAAGGAGAUGAAGUUCGUUGUGAUUCAGGAAUCAUUGAAGGGUCUGAAAUCUCGAUUUACUAUGAUCCGCUGAUCUGCAAACUGUGCACACAUGGAGCGACUCGAGAUGAGGCCAUGAAAAAUAUGGAGAAGGCACUGGACGAGUAUGUGAUCAAAGGUGUCACACACAACAUUCCCUUGCUUCGCGACGUGAUUAGCCAUCCCCGUUUUGUACAAGGCAAGCUUUCUACAGCUUUCCUGGCCGAAGAGUAUCCUAAAGGGUUCAAGGGUCACCGAUUGACGGAGCAGACCCGGGAGGAACUCGUUGCCGCUGCAGCGUUGGCGCAUGCGAAGCGAGACUUGCGCAACCGGACGUGGGUUAGUGGAGGAGGACCGUUGACUGAGGGUGCCCCACAGCGGGAUCAGUGGGACUUGUUUGUCGGUGUUGGUGCGGACGCGCCUGUACCGGUUACGUUGAAAAGAAACGGGGAUGGCUCUUUCUUGGUGGACAUUGACGGCAAACCUGUAACGAUUUCUGCGGACUGGCCUUUGGAGAGUCCUAUAUUGAGAGCAGCUCUCAAAACCCCAGAAGGAACAAGCCGAACCGCCACACUCCAAUAUCUUGAGUCGCACCCUCUUGGCUAUAAACUAGCCCACCAUGGGACCAAAUUCGACGUUGUCGUGCACACCGCACUCCAAAAUGCGCUCUCAAAACAUAUGAAGGAGAAACCUAAGUUGGAUUUGACCCGCAUGAUUCUCGCUCCUAUGCCUGGUUCCGUCGUAUCCGUUGCUGUCAAAGAAGGAGAUACCGUAGCAGAAGGUGCCGAAUUGGCUGUGGUUGAGGCAAUGAAGAUGCAGAACGUGCUGCGGGCACCUAGAGUGGGUAAAAUCAGUAAAGUGUUUGUACAGGCCGGCCAGAGUGUUGCUGGGGACGAGGUUAUGAUCGAAUUCUUUGGCGAGGAGGAGGUGAAGAAGGCAGCGUAGAUUAUUGCACCCAUGUAGGACAUGAGUCAGAAUUAUUACAAUAAAGCACAUAUGAAUUUACAUUGCCAGGGCACCGCCAUGGCGAUGAGUUUCUUUGCAUCUAUUCCCAGUAAUUACACUCUGUUCAUAAAUAAAGAAACCUUUUGC